AUGGGAUUAUUUGACUUCACUAAUUCCUUCCGCGCUAUAAUCUAUAGUCCAGAUUUUCAACAAUGGAUAACGUCCACUUACUCUUUCAUACUACUAACAGAAAACAUGUUGAUAAUAGUUGUAUGCAUAAUAGCAUCAAUGUUAUUAAGAUUUGCCUUCUACAAAUGGAAAUCAAAAUUUCAUGUGAUUCGCGGAAGUGACAUCUGUUCUGUUCCUAAAACAAGGUUUCGAAAACGUGAUAGAGUUUUAUUCUAUGGCAGAAAAAUGUUGAGAAAGGUUAAAAGUAUAUCUGGACAAGUACACGGCCAGGGAAAAAAAAGAAAAUUAGUAAUCAAAUUUGCUAGGCGUUUACUACAAAUGAGGAAAGAAACAUUACCUCAGAGAUUAAACGUAUUGGAACCACCUGCUGAGUAUCUAGAGGAGGAAUUAAUAACCAAAGACGGGCAAAAUGUUCCUCCUGAUGCUUUUUAUAUGCUCCAAAGUAUUCGAGUUUUUGGCCACUUUGAAAAACCCGUAUUUUUAAGACUUUGUCGUCAUACAGAAAUCUUAAAUAUACAUGCUGGAUCACAUUUGUUUAAAGUUGGUGAUCCUGAUGAAAAUGUAUUCAUUGUCCAAAGUGGACUUAUUAGUGUCAAUAUCACUUCAAUUGAUGGCAGUAUUAUACCUCUGAAAUUAGUAAAAACAGGAGAUUGUGUUACAUCAUUAUUAAGUUUUACUGAUGUUCUCACUGGCCAUAAAAAGAAUUAUAAAACUGUUAGUGCUCAAGCACUUGAAGAUAGUACAAUAGUAAGAUUACCAGUUGCUGCAUUUCAAGAAAUCUUCGAUGAUGAUCCAGAAUCAUUAGUCCAAAUAAUCCAAGUGGUUAUGGUCCGUUUACAGAGAGUUACAUUUACAGCUCUUCAUCAGUAUUUGGGACUAUCUACUGAGUUGGUGCAUAAUGGUUUAGAAGAAAGAAAAAUGAGUCCUUUCAUCUCAGCAACUAAAAAUGAGUCUUCCAUGUUUUUACAACAAGAAAUUUCUAUAACCGAUAAAAAAUUGGAAGCACUUUUAAAUCAGCCCAAAACUGAAUCAAAAAUUGACCAAAAAGAUUGGUAUCUCAAAAUUGCUAGGAAAGUUUUUGUCAAAAAACUCCAACUUGAUAAUGAAGAUUUAUUAUUGGGAAAAGUGGAAAUUCGCAAAAUACCUACAAAUACAUAUGUAAUGCAAGAAGAUUCUCAUAAGGAUGCUGCAUUAGUUUUGUUGUUAAAUGGAUCAAUGAUGGUAUCACAAAAAAUGGACCCAGAAGGAUUAACUGAAGCUCAUAUGUAUUCAGUUAAUCCUGGUGAUAUUGUUGGUGGAUUAGCUGUGUUAACUGGGGAACCUGGAUUUCUGACGUUUAGAGCCGACCGUCCCAGUAUAAUUUCUAUAUUAUCAAGAAAUACUGUUUAUGAGAUUAUAAGAGUAAAACCACAAAUUGUUUUGCCUAUAGCAAAUACAGUGGUUACUCGGUUAUCAUCAUUUGUACGUCAAGUCGAUUUUGCAUUGGAUUGGUUAUUUUUUGAAAGUGGACGUGCAGUUUAUAGACAAGGUGAAGAAUCGGACAGUACAUUUAUCGUAUUGAGUGGGCGGUUGCGUUCUGUUAUCACACAUGAAAAUGGUAAAAAAGAGUUGGUUGCUGAAUAUGGAAAAGGAGAUCUAGUAGGAAUUGUAGAAGUUAUUACCCAAACACCUAGAGGAACAACUGUUAUGGCAGUUAGAGAUUCAGAACUAGCCAAAUUACCAGAAGGAUUAUUUAAUGCAAUUAAAAAACGUUUUCCUGGAGUUGUUUCUACGCUUAUUAAUCUUUUGGGUCAUAGAAUUUUAGGUACUUGGCAAAAGCCUACGAUUAGUAAAACACUAGAUACAAGACCAACGCAAAGUAAUUUUUCAACUAUUGCCAUUGUGCCUAUAUCAGAUGAUGUACCACUAACGAGUUUUACAUAUGAACUUUACCACUCGUUAUGCUCUAUUCGAUCAACUAUACGGUUAACUUCCGAAUUUGUUAGAAGUGUAUUAGGAAAAUCAAUAAUGGAUUUGAAUAAUGAGUAUCGUUUAACUACAUGGUUAGCCCAGCAAGAAGACCAACAUAAAAUUGCACUUUAUCAAUGUGAUUAUUCGUUUUCUUCAUGGACUCAGCGUUGUAUUCGACAAGCCGAUUGUAUAUUGCUUGUCACACUAGGAAAUAAACAACCUAUAUUAGGAAAAUAUGAAAAAGAGAUUGAACGCCUAGCAUUACGUACCCAUAAAGAAUUAAUUUUGAUACACAGAGAAGAUUCAGAUUUACCAUCUAAUACAGUUGAAUGGUUGAAUAUAAGAUCGUGGGUAUCUUCACACCACCAUGUACAGUGUCCUAAACGUAUAUUUUCUAAACGUUCUGUUUCAGUAAUAUGUGAUCAAUAUGAAAAAAUAUUACAAACAGAAGUCAACAUACAUUCAGAUUAUUCUCGUUUAGCUAGAUGGUUAACAGGGACUUCUGUGGGUCUAGUAUUAGGUGGAGGAGGAGCAAGAGGUGCUGCUCAUAUUGGAAUGAUAAAAGCUAUACAAGAAGCUGGUAUUCCCAUAGAUAUGGUUGGUGGUGUGAGUAUUGGUGCUUUUAUGGGAGCUGUAUGGUGUGGCGAAAGAGAUAUUAUUGGAAUGACACGCAAAGCCAGCUCUUGGGCUGAGUCAAUGACAAAUCGGUGGAGGCAAGCAUUAGAUUUAACUUGGCCAUCUACGUCUAUGUUAACUGGUCAAUAUUUUAAUCAUACAUUGAUUUCUGCUCUCGGAGAAACACAAAUUGAAGACUUGUGGUUGCCAUAUUUUACAAUUACUACUGAUAUAUCAGCCAGUAAAAUGCGAAUUCAUACUCAUGGAUCUUUGUGGCGUUAUGUUCGAUCAUCAAUGUCUCUGUCCGGUUACAUGCCACCUUUAUGCGAUCCAAUUGAUGGGCAUUUAUUAUUAGAUGGUGGAUACAUAAAUAAUUUACCAGCCGACAUUAUGCGUAACCUUGGAGCAAAACAUGUUCUCGCUAUUGAUGUUGGUUCUCAAGAUGAUAUGGAUUUUACCAAUUAUGGAGAUAGUUUGUCUGGGUUUUGGUUAUUGUGGAAAAGACUUAAUCCUUUUACUGCAUCAGUUAAAGUUCCAAAUCUGGAAGAUAUACAAUCUCGACUUGCGUAUGUUUCUUGUGUUCGUCAACUUGAGGUGGUAAAAACGAGUGAUUAUUGUCAAUAUAUAAGGCCUCCAAUUGACAAAUAUAAGACACUUCAGUUUAAAAGUUUUGAAGAAAUAAAGGAAGUAGGCUAUCAACACGGUAAGACAUAUUUUGCGGGUUUAAAAUUGGCUGGAAAAAUUCCGUUUGGAAAACAAGAAUCCAUGAUGUCUCAUAUUAAACCUGAAUAA